UUUACUGUUUUAAUGUUCAAGGCUCCAGUUCACAAAAGUAUAAUCUACAUACCUGUACCAACACUUUGAUUGAAAUUGGCUGGUAUUUAUUGCUUUCUCCCCGAAAUUGGCUAUGAAGAUGUUAGCUAAUAGAGCACUGACAAAGAUAAGCUGCAAGACUUCCUGAAACGCCUGAACAGUAUCCAUCCAAACGUGCAAUUCACCAUGGAGGUGAAAGUAGAUAGAAAACUGCCUUUUCUGAAUGUCUUGGUUACAAGUGGAGAGGAGAACUACAUCGGCCAGAGUUUACAGGAAGCCAGCCCACAAAGACUGAUAUCUACAGGAAAUACACAAAUCUGUAUUUACUAAAGUCGUCAACGAUCAGCAGGAAGUACCUGGACCCUCUUAUAGAAGUUGACUCCAUCUGCCCACAACUGUCCGCAUGGAUUAUUUCACAGGUGCUGCACCAACUAUCAAGAUGGAAAAGCUGAUAUUGUACUUGAAGCAAUCUUCAGUUACUCAUCUGUUGCUGACUGUAACAUUUUUUGUUUCUGGAUUGAUAAUAAAUUUGGUCCAGUGUGCUCUUUACUUGGGUGUUCGACCAUUCAGUAGAUAUUUAUUUCGGAAGAUAAAUUACUAUGUGGCCUAUUCUCUGUAUUGCCAGCUCGUGUUCUUGGCAGAAUGGUGGUCAAAUUCAGAUGUAAUUAUAUACAUGGAUCCAGAUGAUUUUAAGAAAUAUUGUGGAAAGGAGCAUGGCUAUCUUGUUAUGAACCACAGAUACGAAGUUGACUGGUUGUUAGGAUGGGUUUUUUGCGAACGAUUGAAAUUGCUUGGGAAUUGCAAGACAUAUGCGAAAAAAUCUAUUCAAUACGUUCCAACCAUGGGGUGGGCAUGGAAAUUUGGAGAAAGCAUUUUCCUAGAACGGAACUGGGAGAAGGACAAAGAAAUAAUUGGAAAACAGUUGAAAGAACUUAUUCAAUAUCCCGAUGCAAUGUGGCUGCUGUUAAUGGCGGAAGGUACAAGAUUUACUCACGAAAAGCAUGAAAUUAGCAAGAAAUUUGCUAGAGAUAAAGGGCUGCCUGAAUUGAAGCAUCAUUUAACUCCAAGGACAAAGGGAUUCACAAGCAGUGUGCCUUACCUCAGAGGCAAAGUUGGGGCUAUAUAUGAUAUACAAAUUGCCUUCAAACAUACAGAGAAAGAGCCUACAGUAAAUCAGAUGUUGUAUGGAAAGCCUGUUGAAGCGCACAUGUACGUUGAACGUAUCCCUUUAGAGGAUGUGCCAGAGGAGGAGGAAGCAUGCGCACAAUGGCUACAUCAGUUAUAUCAAAAAAAGGAUUCCAUGACUGACAGUUUUAUUCGAAAUAAUGAUUUCUUUUUGGAAAGUGGAGUCAGACGUGUGGAUGGAUUUCGACUGCAAAGGCGAUAUUACAGCAUGAUUAACACUCUUACGUGGGCUUUCAUUGUUUUAGUACCAAUGUUAUAUUACUUGUUCAGGAUACUUACAUCUGGGUCAACUUUAGAAACAACUUUUGGAGUAGCAAUUAUUGUUGUAUUUUUUAUUCUGCGGUACCUAAUGAUUGGUAUGACCAAGAUAAGUAAAGCCUCUUCGUAUGGAACCAUCCCUUCCCCUACAACAGAGAUGAAACACUUUUCUAGUGGAGCGAAGAGUAACUGAAAAUGAAAAGUGUUUUUGCAGACACUGGUUAUUGUAAUCAGAAAUGUAUUUUUGCAGAUGUGUUUUGAUUUACAUAUAAAUUUGCAUUUAUAGUAUAAAAUAUUUUUAGAUAUGAAGCUCAUUCAUUCAAUGUGAAGUAAGAACAGCAUUUGAAAUUUAAGUGAUAGAACAAUUUCAAACCUUUUGUUGAGUUGAUGGAUACACAUAAAUCACUUUAUCAUCAGCAAGAAAAGUUUUCUGAUAAAAAAUUUGCUUGGAGUGUAAUUUUAUUAAGAAUACAGUGAACUCAUUUGGGAUGUACAUCAGUCGCACAUUCUUAAGACUUAGCUUUCCACUUCACCCAGAUAAAGCUAUGCUCCAUUUUAAUCAUCAUUGCAGUCUUCCAUUGUUCUCCACAAGUAGCAGAUUGAAUGUGUACAUGUUUGUGUGCCUUUGUGCUGAAACUAAAGCAAAGCAAAGCAGCUGUUAGGUGGAGAUUUGCACAACAUGCUCCCUAGAGGCUCUGUACACUUCUGAACUUAAUUUUACUAUUGGUUCCACAAUUUGGUGGAAAUCAGUUUUUGUGUUCACAGGAAGACUUUAAAAGUCUCCUGCAGGCAUUAUAAGUUGCCUUUAUAUGUUUGUAAGCUUUAUAUAAUCAGUAAUGUUUCAUUUCAGCUGAGAUAAAUUUUACUAUGUCCUUACUUCAGUACAUCUGAAACAAAACUUUAUACAAUCCUUAAACUAAAUUUUUCUACACUAAAAGCUGGGAAUUGUUGCAUAUGAUUUACGCACAAAUAUGUGAAAUAUGUGAAAAGCACUGUUCACAUUUAUUGUUUUAUUAAGUUUUCUCUGUUACUAAAAUGGAGAUGGUUAUGUUCAAAAUUAAUAUAUGUUUGUAUUAGAUGUAAGAAUUUUUUUUUAAUAUGUUGGAAUAAUUUUUUUUUUUGUAAUUUGCUUCAAAGUAGGUAAAUAAUGAGAACUGUGGAAAUACCGUGGUGUGCCAUUAAAUGUAUAAGAGGAUUUGAAAACAGUUCCACCACUCCUUAUUUCACUUACAUUCAAUGUGUGAUUUUUGGUAUUUUUUCAUCUUAAUAAUUUACUAUAGAAAAAAGCUUUAAUUUCCAUGCCCAUUUAAAUGCUUUUAAAAGAAACAAAUUUUAAAAAUGCUCGGCUGUGUUUAUUUGUAUAGUGGUGAUUUAAGAAUUUUUAAAAUUCUCUGGAAAAGUAAUUUAUUCCACGGAAAAUUUCUUUCACCCCCCGCCCCCCUGAAAAAUGUAAAUUAUUUAAAUAUGAAAAUCUCUAAUUAGUUCUGCAGCUGAUGUGAUGAAGGAAUUUCUUGAAAUAUUUUGGGUUUAUUUAUUGUUACCUACUACUAUAAAUAUUUUCAGUGUACAUCUGGUUAGAGACAAAAAAAAUUUGAGAUGGUUUUUAAAUUCAUGUUAGUAGUGUUGUAUUUUGGAGUAGUAAUAUUUAUACAUUGUUAUUAUCAUUAUUAUGUCUACUUUGAAGCUUUGUCCUUUGUGUAUCUUGUUAAUGUAUUUAUGUAAUUUAUAUACAGUGUUUACUGCCAAUACAUAUUAUUUAAUAUGUGUUUUUGUUACAAUUAGGUCAAGAAAUGUUAAAUACAAUUUAAUAAUUCAUAGUUUUUAGAUUUUGAUGCAUAUUGUUUAUUUUUCUGAGCUAAUAUGAUAAAAAAAGUAUUCUCAUUUAAAUGUUAUACUAAACAGUAAUAUAUAUGUGCAUGUGUAUCGAAAAAUAAUUCUUGAAUUUUGGAAACACUUUCUAUUUGGAUGAGAGUACUUAGCUGCAAAUGCUUGCAGAAUACGAGUUUAUUUUCUAAUUUUAUCAGUUUUCUUUACAAUAUAAAGUUAUCUAAGUAAGUUCAUGCAGUUUAGUAAAAUGUAUGUUAGUGACACUAUUGGUAAUCUAACAUGUCUUUCUAACUCAUCGUCUGUAUGAAAUUAAACAAUUUUUGUUGUAAAAGUGUUGAAUAUUAUCAAAAUGUGCAUGUGUUGUACAACACAAGAUUAAAAGUUUUUUUGUUAAAAUUUUCAUUGGGUGUAAAUAGUUAUAUAAUUCUGUCAUUAUUUUGUCCUGAAAAAAAAAUUACCUUCAUCAAAACAACAGUGAGGUUAGCUUGGUUAGUGGUAUUAUAUGUAUAUAUAAAUAUAUGUAACUAGUAUUUAAUGUACAUAUAACUUUGUUGAUAAAAGGAGUUUUGUUUUGGAGUCUGCAAACUGUACAGUUAAAGAAUAAUGCAUAGUUACAAGUUUUCUUUCAUGCUUAGUGUCUUCUUGUCUCUUGUGCAGAGAUUUUCCAUUAUUAUUUAUUGUAGGUAUAUUGAAAGAAUAGACUAGAUCUUUAAUUGUAAUAGCUGUCUGUGAUAUUACUAAACCAUACUAUUGCAUUGAGAAACAAUAGCAAGAUACCGCCUUGGCUUUGUAAACUAAGUACUUUUAUUAGUGAUGUGUCAGUUCUAUGUUUUUCCCAGUUCUCAGUUCAGUACCUGUUCUUAAAAAUCGGUUCUCGGUUCUAGGUUAAACUUCACACAGUUUCCAGUCAUACCAAAGAUACGUUAUAACCUAAUAAAUUGUGUGUUUGUUUAUUAUGACUUAUCAUCACCCCAUUUUACCAUAGUCCGACCACAAAGAAGUCAGGAUAUCGACAUCCUGUGGCGCAGCAAUAUCUAGUAAUACGUUUUAACAACUUUUUUUCGCUAGGUCAGUAAUUUAGGUGUAACAAUAAAAAAUAGCUUGAAAAAAUUUAAAUAGUAUGUGUUCACAAGAGAUUAAGAAAAUUUUAUAAAAUUAAUUAUAGUAAGUAGCAACACACCAAAGAAAUUGCAAGUUAUGUAUGGUCAGUGUUAUUUUUCCAAAGGUCUACUUUUAGUUGAAAUGAUCAUCCCUAUCUUCUAGGGAAAAGGGGACAAAAAGAAAGGUCGGGAUCUCUGCACAAAGAACUCUUUUGUUUACAGUCUGACACUUCCUGUUCAAGAGUUAUCUUUUCAUCUGGGUGGCUAGCGCAAGUAAGGGAAAAGAAGACUGCACUCUUGCCAGCAAAUUUCAUUCAAAGAUUUAAAAUCUUUAGAAAGACUUGUGCGUGUCAGUCGCUGCCAAGGUUUAGCUGUUAAGCUUUUGGUGGUGCUGGGAUUAUAUUUAUGAUUAUCGGUUUUGUGUUGGUUAAUUUGCUGAGAACUGCGAAAACAGAGAACCGAGGCAGACUCAUCACUAACUUCUAUUUGGUAUUUUGUUCAUGCAAUUCAACUGACAAUUGUCUCAUCAGUAUAGCUGACAGGAUGGUGUUAAGUUUUGUGCAUGCAGUUAUGGGUUUUUCUAACAAAAUAGUGUUGCAGAUUGAAUAAACAUUUAACCGACCUAAAAUCCUUCCAGUGAAGUCUGAAGUGUCGAGUUGUGCAAUAAUUACUGCAGAUUGUGCAAAACAUUGUUGUCUGGUUUCAAAACUUAGUGAAGACAAUUGUGUAUUCCACUGCUAUAUUCUACUGCCACUACCAUUUAUAAAAUCAGUUUUCUCUUAGAUUUUGGCUUUUGUAAUGCAAGUUGACUUGCUUUAGUAAAGUCCAAAUAAAGUACUACAGUUUAAAAAAUCUUGGUCAUAUCUUUUGAUAACUUCUGUAAAAGCCUCUACACUGUCUUGUGUGUGAGGUAAGUUCCUGAUCUUAAUGCUAAUGAGGGUUUAUUUUGUACGUGUAAGUUUGUAAUUUGUUAUAUGCACCAUCAUCAUGUCUUGUCCUAUUAUGUUGUUGGUGGAUAGGUGUAUACUUAAGAAGAUUGCUUUAAAAAAUUUUAAUUUAUUCUUGCUUAUUUGUGUUACUUUUCUGGUGACUUACUACUAUAUUAAUGUAAGUGUAUGUAAAAAUACUGGUAAAAUAUUUGUAUGUUGUGCUCAUGAAAUACUUAGAUUUUGCCAAAAUAAUAAGUAAUUAAAAAAUCCUGUCACAUCAUAAUAUUUUUUAUGGAACUGCUACAUUUAGGGUGGAAUUCAUAAUCUGGAAUUUUCUUUGCAAACAACCAUCACUUGCUGAAGGAGUGCUUGAUGUAUAAGCUUUGCUUAAAUAAGUGAUGAAUUCGUAUUGGUGAAAUAAGUAUUACUUGAUGAAGUUGGUGUUUGAAGAAGCACUACUUAUAGGUCAGUUUUGCAUAUGCUGCGUAGGAUAAAAAUUUAGGAAAUAACGAAUGCAGCGUGGGCUCAUUUUCGUUAUAGCGAUAGAUUACACACCUGUAAUUUUGCUCUAAAACAAUGAGAAAACAUCUACAAUUUCCUUAAUAAAUGAGAAACAGCUUCGCACAAUUCCAUGCGUCCGGCAAAUGAAACAACGCGCAUGAUGUGGCCGUAUUGGCAACACCGCACAAGGUGGGGCUCCACAGCGAGCAUAGCUUGCCUCGCGGCGACGAAAGCAAGUGUCGUUAACCCACUGCGACAGGGCCCUGCUGUGAGCAUUACUUAUUUAGAAUCACGCCGACUAUAGCCCGUAAAUGAGCAUAACUCGUCUCACACUUGCAUCGUAAGCGUUGUGUACGGUGUAGUUUCAGUGUACGGCACUACGCGCAUUGUUAUUUAUGUCUAGUUAUACGCGACGCGUGUAACUACGUACUUAGCUUAAGACAUGGAUAAAAAAAGAAAAUCUCUUGAACUAUCUACUAAAUUGAAAAUUUUACAAGAGUGUGAAAAUCUGCCCGUCAGCAGAAGUUAAAUUGGUAGAUGCUACGGUUUGAUUCCAUCAAUUUCCAAGGGUCUGUACGAGUGAUUAUUUUUGUGUUACUGACCAAUUGUCUGAAAAAUUAUUUUAUAUAAUUUGUUUGGUUGUCCAACGUAAUUAGAGGUUUUUUAAAUUUUUUUUGUGUUUGACAUUUUUCAUAGGUGUCAAUGUGAGUAAUAAUGUGACUAAUUUUAAAAUAAAUUUCACUACAUCUUUGUGUUUACAUAUUGUUAGUAAGUAUUCAAAACACCGCAAAUAUGCACCCGAUAUCAUCAGCUUAGCGCACAUGUCUCCAGCAAACCAGCUGCGGUCAAAGCGACAGGAAGCGGCCGGCAUGAACUUGCAUGACCCCGCCCGCCCGUCUCCAUGUAAACAAACAGCUGUGCGCUUAGCCACGAUGUGCGUGACGGCCUUAUCAUGGCCACGCGGUCUCAUAUUUCGCAGUCGGCAAGUGCUGAUAUAGCUUAAAAAUGUUAUUUUAGUAAGUUUUAUGUAUAUUUCCUUUACUUUUGUUGUGAAUUUCCAUAGUAAAAGCAAGCGAGAAAAUAAUGUAUUUUAAAAAUGCUACAAAAAUAAGAUUUUUUUAAAAUUUGGCUAUAACGAAAAUUUGCUAUAACAUAAACUUUUGGCUCCGUUAUAAAUUUACGUUAUAACUGACUUUUCCUGUAUUUACUUAAACAUGGCAUCAUGAUUGCUCGUUGACGUUGGAAGUGAAAGAUAUUAUUUUAGCGAGUUUAGAGAAAAGUUACCUUAAUGUUUUAUUUAUGAUAUAAAGCUGUUAUAUUGAAAUGAGUUUACAAUGUUUUCCCUGCAAGUACAGAAAUCUAACUUUGGCUAAUACACUGUUACAAAUAAAUAUAUGUGAUUGCGGUUGUGAUGUAACUUUAAAAUAAUUUACCACAUUUUUAAUAUAUUAGUGCUAGACGAGUUGUGUAAACAUUGUUAGCUUUCGGGCUGGAAUCAAUUUAUGUGAAUCUAUUUUACAUCCAAAUUAUCGACAGUUCUUACGACCUACCAUUCUAAAUAUGAUACGAUUCCUUCCUUAUAUGGUACAAUUCCACCUUACAGCUGGAGAAUCGACAUGCCCAUCCCUAAUUUUAGCCUUUUAUGAGUAACUAGGCUACUAUUGAUCAUUUUAUUAAGCUAAAUAUAUAUACAUUUUAGGAGAAACUGUAUUAAACAUAUUUUAUUUUUCAAAAACAAGUUUUGCAACCUAUUCAGCAGUUUUGUCUCGUAUUAUAUAUAUACAGUUUAAUUUAUGUAGGUUUCAAAAAAUAAUCAUGGGUAAUAAAGUAUUUUUCUCCAUUAUAUGAAAAUCAUAGUAAAAUACUUCUUUAUAAAUAUAUUCAAAAUUAUCCAAUGUAUAACAGAACUACCAUAAACAAAAUUAAUAAUCUAUUUUUCACUUCAAACUACAACACAGUAUUGUCAUUUUUGUAGUAUAUUUUCAUGUGAUUGCCUUUUUCCAUUAAAGUCUGUCAUCUUUGUAGUAAAAAUAGUUUCGCAGACCAAUAUACAUUAAAACCCAGUUUUUUCUACCACGUUUAUUACAACCACCUCUAUUAAGACCACUUUUCGGGGAACCAUGAAAAUUUGUUAAAAACUCGAAAAUUGAAUUAAAUAUGCAAAAAAAAAUUGUUUUGUGCUGGCUUUUGUCUUGGCGAGCGCUACUACAGGUGGUGCAGUAAACACCAUCUCCCCCUUGUUGAUCUCUUCACCCUCCUUGCACGAAUAUUGGUUCGGCGUCACCAGGCAUGUCUUCCCGCUGCCUGCCCGGCAGCUGACCAUCGUGAUACUGUUUGCCCGUGACCACACUACCCUUUCUGUUUGCUUCUGUUGCUGCAGCUUGGAUUUCUCUUGGUUUUGAUUACCGUUUCUUGACGACUGUUUACUCGCCCUGUGUCAGCCGCAUCUAUAAUUUUUAGGUAGUAAAAUGUAACGUUCUUCUUGAAUAUGGGUAGCGUCAUACUUGUCCUCUGUAUAAUUGAACAGAUCAAAGGAAGUCUUUGUGUACCGUGUCUCAGCUUAUUGGCACGUAAACAAUACGGCACUGUGUUGCAGCUGGGUCUUUUCCUGUCUGCUCUCUGUCCUCCGUUGCCAAUGAAGAGGGAUGGGAUGGUAGUCUUCACUCGCCACUUCUUCUCCUUUCAUCACCCCUCCUAUUUAGACACUACAAAACAAAAAGGCAAAGGAGGAGACCAUAAAGUUUACACAAAUCCAAAAAUGGAUUGAAGCAGUAUUUUAUUCGCUCUGUGUGCAGAACGAUAACUGUAGUGUAUGGCAUGACAUGUUACAUUUGAAAGCAUGGGAAAAUGCAGUGAAAACCUGUCAUGCUCACAAAAUACGCAACUAACUGGCUAAUUUCCCCUUCUCAACUUGAAUGCCAGCGCAGCAGACACUUGUCACGCACUUUACGGGCAGUGAUGUAAUGUCACUGAAAUUAGCCUUCGUGAUCUCUUACAUGGUUUUUAGUUACAGAGCACGUCUAAUAAACUAACAUUUAAAUAAUUCCUUUUGUUUUCCUUAUGAAAUCUAUGUCAAAAGUACUUGGUGCUCAUUAAAAGAUACAGUUGUGCAAAACAUUAUGCCAUUUUAUGCACAUUUUGUUGGCAAUAGGUGGUUCAGUAUGCUUUUUUUGGUUUCUUUUCCUUUCAGAAAACAUCUGCAAUUAAAUACAUUUUUAUUUAAGUUUUAAAAACUUGUCAUUUUGGUACCAGGCACCACUGAACACGAAUUUGGUGCAAAAGAAGUAUAGGGGCCGGGUAUGGGUUAUUUGGUCCAAAAUGUGUAGUACGACCCCCCCUCCCCCCUCAAUUUUGACCGUAUUACCAGGAAAUGUGAGGGCUUGUAAACUACGGGGUUUAACUGUACAUUGUAUUCUGCAACUGCAACAUAACUUGAGUGAUGCUUAAGUUAGCUACUGAUCAUACUUGAUGAAGAAUAACUUAUAUCAAUGAAUAAGCACUGCUUUAUUUACUGUCAAUUGUGGAGACUUAACAUCUAUUUAUUAUCUAAAUUUUUGGAGAACAAGCAUUACUUGUUUUGCGACUAUGAAUUGCUAUUUAGUAAUACUUGGAACAAGGUGUAGUUAAUGAAGCAUUACCCCGAGUUUGGCAACUAAGUAAUACUUGUUUUUAGGUACUGUGAGUUGAAAGAAGCAACACUUGUUUUAAGAAAUGCUUAUAUGACUAUGAAUUCCACCCUUGAAGUUGUAUGCCAUGUCGUUGGUGAUAUUUUUUAUUGCAUGCAGUGUGUUACUACAAAAUACAUGUAUGUAAUCUGGCAGAGUCAAUAUUAAACUGUCUUGACAAAAAAAAAUUAUUUGAUACAAUUUUAUUUUUGUAUUUUCAAACAUGAGAAAAUUUUAGUAGUUUGAAAGAGGUAAACGUAAGUUGUAAUUGUUAGUUUAAGGUGCUUCAAUAUAAUAAAUAUUUUUGUCUUGUUAUGCAUUAUCAAUUAUUUUUGAACUAGAGCUUCCAUAUUUUAUUCUUCACAUAAACUAAACAGGAGACACAUAGUUAUGUAGCCGAAUAGUACAAUAUUUUAUGAAUGGGUUACAUUUUCUGAAAGUGCCAGUUAAGUAAAAACUGUAUUAAUUAAAUUCUCUUUUUUAAGAAGAAACAACUUUUGAGUUCAAGUUAUCUUGUGGACCUUCCAAAAAUAUUUGCAUCAUAU